CUAAAACUUCCGUUUCCUUCUUCUUCAUUCUCCAUUACGGCGUUUUACUUUGUUGAGUCCUUAAAUUCCUACAAGGUAUCCCUGCGCACAUUUCACGAUGGGUAGGGAGGACAAAACAACAUGGAAGUCAAAUUACUUCACUAAACUUGUUCAACUACUGGAUGAUUAUCCCAAAUGCUUCAUUGUGGGCGCGGACAAUGUCGGUUCGAAACAAAUGCAACAAAUCCGUAUGUCAUUGCGUGGAAAUGCAGUGGUACUGAUGGGAAAAAAUACAAUGAUGAGAAAAGCAAUUCGGGGUCAUAUAGAACGUAACGCGGCAUUGGAGAAGUUAUUACCUCAUAUUCGUGGUAAUGUUGGAUUCGUUUUCACUCGAGGGGAUUUGAUUGAAGUGAGAGACAAAUUGCUGGAAAAUAAAGUACGCGCUCCUGCCAGAGCGGGGGCUAUCGCACCUUUAAGUGUCAUCAUUCCAGCCCAAAACACAGGACUUGGUCCUGAGAAGACUUCUUUCUUCCAAGCAUUGAGUAUACCAACUAAAAUUUCCAAGGGUACUAUUGAAAUUAUAAAUGAUGUACAUAUUCUUAAACCUGGUGACAAAGUGGGAGCUUCUGAGGCUACUCUCUUGAAUAUGUUGAACAUUUCUCCAUUUUCUUAUGGAUUAUUAGUCGAACAGGUUUAUGACUCUGGUACUAUUUUUGCACCUGAGAUUCUAGACAUCAAACCUGAAGAUCUUCGUGAAAAAUUCAUGGCUGGAGUUGCAAACUUGGCUUCAGUUUGUUUGUCAAUUGGUUAUCCCACGGUCGCCAGUGCACCGCAUAGUAUUGCAAAUGGCUUCAAAAAUCUCUUGGCUAUUGCUGCUGUUACUGACGUCGAAUUCGCGGAAGCUGCUACUAUCAAGGAAUACAUCAAGGAUCCGAGCAAGUUUGCUGCUGCCGCCACCGCUGUAGCGGCUCCGGCAGCCGCUGCUGCUGACGCUACUGCUGCAGAUAAGAAAGAAGAAAAGAAGGAGGAAUCCGAGUCUGAGGAUGAUGAUAUGGGCUUCGGUUUAUUUGAUUAAAAAUAAAAAUAUUUUUGAUCGAAUAAAAUUUUAACCAUCUAAAAUUUUAUUCUUCAUUAUCAUUAAUGUAUUAUUGCAUUAUUGACAACUAAUUUCAACAUAAAAUUUCUAUUAUAAUAGA